UAAUAAUUAGAUAAUUUAAUUAAAUUAAUAAAAUAUAUUUGAAAUUUAUUUAGCAAAUAAAUUUUGAAAUUUCGCUGAUUGAAACAAGAAAUGCAGACGUCAUAACCUUAAAUCAAGUGAUACAUCUGUUUUAAUUAAAAAAAUAAAAACUGUCAAGUGAAUCAUGUCGGGGAAAGGUAAACUAAAUGUUAAAAAGACACCUGUAAAAAUUCGUGAUAAUAAAUCACAGGCACCAGUACAAACAGCAGACACUAGUUCUGAUAGCGUGGAAAUGUCAUUUGCGCUGUCAGUGAUAAAAGUAUCAGAGAACAGUAAAUUACUACCGCGUUACACGAGUAUUCUUCAACGAACAAAUGAAGACAGCGUUGGAAUGGAAGACUUGGAUACCCUGCAGCUGGAGUUGGAGACUCUGCUGUCAUCAGUGGUGGUAAGAAGCCGCUUGCUUCAAGAAGAGAUAACGUGUUUGACUUCCGCUGAGGAACGACGCGAUAAACGAUCAAAAAGCGGCAAAGGUUUGUCGUUUGAAAAAAAAUUACGGGAUGAAAAGUCACGAAUAAAGGACACAUAUUUCAAGGGACAGUCGCCUUUGUCAACGAAAUUGUUGAAAGCCAAAGCUCUGGCUGCUGGUAAUUCCGCAAAUCAAAUCGUACCAAAUCCUCAUGAAAUUGUCCGAGUCGAAGGUUCAAAAACAGACGUACCAAAAUUAUUGCUGCCGAAAAAUGACACUACUAAUAAAUUUUGGGCGUCUGUUGAUCCUUAUUGUGCUGAUAUAAUGCCAGAUGAUAUUAAAUUAUUGGAGGAACUGAUAGCGACCCACUCGGAUCUUGGUGAGUUCAAAAAAAUUCCUGCUCUGGGAAGACAUUACAGCUACACGUGGGCACACAAUGAUUUACUCCAAGAAGAAGAAGCGGGAAAUCUUAAUCGUGAUAAGAAAAAAAAUCGUACGGACGUGUCUGCAUUGAUGUCCAAAGUUGAUAAAAAGACAACUGGUAUCGCUGGACCAUUGACCCAACGACUGGUGUCAGCAUUGAUGGAAGAAAAUGUCUACGUUCCAAAUAAUAGUGAUAAUAAAGUAUUCCGAGAGGGUGACCCGCCAGUGCUACGCGACCUCACCAUUCAAAAUUCAAUGAACCUCGAGAUGCGCAUGCACAAGGAGUUGGUGGAACAGGGCAUCCUCGAGCCAGACUCACACAGAAAGAACCAAGAGGACGAUGAAAUACUUGCUGAAAUAAAACGCUGUCAGCAAGACCUACUGACAUUAUCUAGUCACAACGUGGUCCAGCUGAAGCGGCUGCUGAGUCUCGCCCAGGAGGAGAGCAAACGACAAGCACUGAAACGAAAAAUAAGCGCUAUUGAUAACGAAGUUGUUGAGCAUUACAAUAAACUGAUCAUGUCCAAGCAACGGAAAGUGCCUUUGACUAAAAAAGAACAGGACAAGGCAUGGGCAAGUCUCAGGGAACGCGAAGGACUACUCCAGCAGCUCAAUGUCUUGCCGUCUAAUAAUAUUGGAGAGCCUGUCAGUAGUAAUGUCACAACCUAGCGAAUUUAAUUGUGUAUUAAAUAACAAAUUGAUUUAAUAAAAUCAGACAAUUGUAUUUAAGUAUUUAUUUAAUUAAUUAUUUAAAUAAAACCCUGAUUUAUUUAUA